AUGCUUUGGUCCGUUCCUGUUGCGCUGGCUCUCGCCUCCGGGGCUAAUGCCCACGUUGCCGCCUUUGUCAAGGGCAUGUACUGCGAGGGUGGCCCGGAUCCUAGCAACUACAACUCCAACUCCAACACUCCUGUCAACCCUCUCUGGGACCUCCCGUUCGAGCAGUGGUGGAUGCAAGCCGACCGUGGCUGCGACAAGGCACCUCCUCCCGGCAAUGCCUCCGUUGAACUGCCUGCUGGCGGCUCUUUCACUGUUGAGCUUGCCCACAACCAAGCCCAGACCACGCUGUCCUUCAACGGACAGUUUGCUGGAGAGUGGCCCGAUGGACAGGACCACCCCGAGAACUGGUCUGGCCCUGGCAACCCUCCUGACUGCAUCCAGGACGAUGGUGCUAUGCACACCCAGAACCAGACUAUGGCUGCCGGCUCUGCAUGGGCCAUCUCUUACAACUCGGAUAUCUCCCAGGUGAACAUGGAGAACCUUGUGGUCUUCUCUGUUCUUGAGCACACUCCUUGGAAGCGUAUUGCUACCUACGAGGUCCCUCAGGAUCUCCCUGAGUGCCCUGAGGGCGGUUGCUACUGCGCCUGGCUCUGGGUCCCUAACGGCUGUGGUCAGCCCAACAUGUACAUGGCCAACUACCGAUGCCAUGUCACCGGCACCACCUCCACCAAGAAGGUUGCCCAGGCUCAGGUCCCCAUUUACUGCGGAAAUGACUCUUCCAAGUGCCUGCCCGGUGCUAAGCAGAUGAUCGCCUGGAACCAGGCUUCUGGCAACAACGUCCAGGUUCCCAACGGUGCUUCUCCCGCCUACGGCACCAACAUGGGCUGGACUCCUGGUGCCCAGAACGACAUCUUUGAGUAA